AUGGCAUCGAGGCGCACUUCGCAAAGGGCAACAGCCGUGGAUCCACCAGUGGAUCGGGUUGAGGUUGAGGAGGUGACACCCAAAGAGGCCGAAGAGAAGCAGAACUACAGCUGGGAUCAGCAGUGGUACCCAGUUCUGCCACUUUCCAUGUUGGAGGGCUCUGGGCCCGAGCCCAUCAAGCUCCUGAACCGGGACCUGGUUUUGUGGAAGGAUGACUCUGGGGAGUGGGUGUGCACUGGGGGCAUUUGCCCCCACCGCCUGGCGCCGCUGGCGCGGGGCCGGGUGCAGAACGGGCAGCUGAUGUGCCGCUUCCACGGGUGGUGCUUCAAGGGCGAUGGCCUCUGUGCCAAGGUGCCCAUGGCGGAGGGUGACGACAAGGCGGAAAAACGCCUCAUUGGCACUGCUUGCAGCAAGCUGGACUCGUAUCCCACCAAGGUGCGGAAGGGCCUGCUCUUCGUGUGGCCCCACGCCGACAGCGCGGCUGCCGCCCAAAGCGAGCCCUUCGUGGCGGAGGAGCUGUCGGAGAGCCCCAACUGGAGCGUCUUCGACGCGCCGGCCAGCUGGCGGGUCUGGCUGGAGCAGAGCUGGGAUCCCAGUCACGCCCCGUUCCUGCACCAAUACGCGCUGCCCAACUUUUCCCCGGAGUUGGCCUAUCCCAUGGAGCCAUUCCAAGUGGAGGAUUUGGGGGACGAGGGGCUUUCAGCAGUCCAUGGUGGGUACAUGCAAUCCAACAAGGGCAUGACGGCGCAGCGGCGCUUUGCGCCGCCCUGCGCGAACUCCACCUCCUACCUCUACCCCGACGGCCGGAUUGUGGGCUUCAACUUCUACUUCGUGCCGCUGGAGGAGGGCAAGGUGCGGCAGAUCACGACCUCCUACUUCGUUCCCAGCCCGCAGCAAGCGUCCCAGAAGAGCAACCUCUCCGGGAACAUGAUGCAGAUGUCCAAGGUGGUCUUGAAAGGUCGCACUGUGGGUUCCACAGAUCAGCCCAAGGACCUCCGAGAGAGCCUGGUGGUGUCGUUGAAGCGCCGGGCCUGCGAAAAGUGGCCCGAGCUGGGCCGGAUCCGCCGGGGCUUGAAGAUCCAGCAGCUGUUGCAGGGCCUCAUCGGGGACCAAGACAACACCGUGCUGUCCUUCCAGGACUCCGUGGGCUUGCCGGCGGUGCGGAGCGGCCGGCUGCGGCAGCCGCAGGUGUCCCAGCGCUAUGGGGGUCCGGCCACCGAGUACUUGCUGGAGACCCCAGCGGACGAGCUGGUGGCGCGCUUCGGGUCUUGGGUGCAGCAGCGCGGCGGCGGGCCCUUCGGCCGAAAGGAAGGCGCGGGUCCGUUUGCGUCGCGGGGGUAA